UUGCUGCUAGGGAUGAAGAUAGGGAGGCAUGGCAUAGAGCUUUACUUAGCUUUACGUGUGCGAUGGAUGGAUGGAUGGAUGGAUGGGUUGCACAGUUUUUUUUAUUUUUCUUCACUUGCUUCUGUAUCAGUAUUAUCAUGAGUAUCACUGGCUUGCCUUUAUGCAAGUGGUGUUUAGAGCUUUCCUUCACAGCAUAUUCACUUUUGUUGUCUUACUCAAAAGUUUAGCUGGUGGGAAAGAGUGGAAUGGGGUUCAAGCAAGCUGUGUUCAUUGUCUCUCCAUUAGAAGAAGCAUUGCUUAGAGGUUAUCAAACCCAAC